AUGGUCGAACGUAAUUCUGAUCAAUUAUUUUCAUGUAAAUUUUGUUCUGAAGAAACAAAACAAAAUGUCUGUAUAGCAAAUUGUAUUGGAUGUAAAAACUUAUUUUGUUUUGUUCAUUUAAUUCAACAUCGUCAAGAACUAACAAAUGAAUUCGAUCAAUUAAUCAAACAAUAUACAGAUAUGACUGAAAAAUUAUUUAAUCAAUUAAAAAUAAAUCAACAUUUAGAAUAUAUUGAUAAAUGGGAAUAUGAAAUAAUUGAAUUGAUUCAUCAACAUACAAAAGAUGUUAAAGAAAAAAUUCUAUGUAUCUUUAAUGUAUGUCAAUCUGAAUUAAAACGACGUCAUAAAAAUCUUGGAAAAGAACUUAAUGAGAAACGAGAUUUAAAUGCAUUAGCUGAAAGUGAUCUUAAAGAAUUAUCACAACAAAUGGAACAAUUAGAUAAAGACGUUCAAAAUAUUAAUAAAGUAUUAAAUCAAAUAAGUAUCAAUGAAUUAAAUCAGAUAGUCAAUAAAUACAAUGAGUCAGCAAAGCCUACAGGUAAAAGGUUUCAUUUUUAUAAAAAUAUCUUUAUGAAUAUCGUCUUCUUUUUUUACUGUCAUGAAGAAAAAUUAAUUAAAUGGAAUUAUUUACGUGAAAUAAGACUUGAUUCAACCUAUGGUCAUAUGGCAGCUAAUAAUCAACAAAUAUUUCUUGGUUGGAAAAAUCGUAUCGUUAUUUAUAAUAUUGAUGGUACACAAUGUGAUGAAACACGUUUAGAAUCAGUUGAAAAAUACGGUGAAUUAUGUGAUUUAAUAUAUUCAUUAACAAUGGAAUGUUUUUUUAUUCUAUGUCGAAAAUCUUUAUUUGUUUAUUAUCCACCAAGUAAUAAAGUAGACAUUGUAUCAUAUAUAACAUUAAUUAAUCAUAAUAAUCAUUAUAUAUCAAUGACAACAGAUAAAAAUAAAUUGUUUUUAUUAAAUGAGAAAUCUCUUGAUGUAUGGAGAUUAAAUAAUAAAAUAUUUUUAUUAGAUUAUUCAAUAUUAAUAACACUUAUUAUUAAAAAUCAAUUGGAUGAAAAUAUUUGUUGUAUUCGUACAAAUGAACAAAAUUUAGCUGUACUUAUACAAAAUCAUAAAACACAUACAUGGCGUUUAGAUUUAUUUAAUAUAUAUCCAUUUCAAUGUAUUCAAAUUGGUACAUCAUUUGAUUAUUUUAAUCAACCAAAUCUUGGUUUGUUUAUGCCAUUACAUAAUAAGAUAUAUUUAUUUAUGAAUUGGGAAACAAAAUUAAUGCGAAUGAUAGAUUCAAAUGGUUCAAAUCAAAUUAUUGAUUAUAAUGCAUUUAAUGCAUGUUUAUUAGGUACUGAAAAUAAACUUAUUGUGAAUUGUAUGACACAUUUAAAAAUCUAUGAAUUUUGA